CAUCAGUGUCAGACGAACGACGUUACAAAGGAAACGUGUUUCCUCUUACACCAUGACCCUUUGGAUGAUCAUUGUCUUUGGUGCUACUCUAGUGGCACCCUUUGAUACAGCAACAGAAGAAGACAGCGGAGAACGCGGAUGCAAGACUAUCAAAAGAGGCGAUGAGUCCUACAGUAAAAGUAUCAACAUUCCUAAGAUGAAAUGGACUGAAACACCGGCUGUUAUUACUAAAGGAAAACGUAACUAUCAGGUUAUAGGGCGAGUUGUUCAUAUGAACUAUCUGCAAGAAUAUUUUGCUGCAAAGAAGAGUAUGAAGUUUGGAAACAUCCAGAGGAAACCUAAUCGUCUUCAACUUGAAGUCCUGGCCGAUACUGUGUACAUUGAGGGCGCUGUCACGAUGCGAGGUAUCAAAAAACUCACAGUUUAUAGCCGCAAAGUUGUUUCCGGGAAAGAUAGUAAGCUGGAUGUCAGAGCUCCUACUUUGAGGCAGGUAUUUAGUGAUUUGGCUCCUGGCACUCCUGGAGUAAGAGGGGAAAGUGGCGUAGCAGGACCUAAAGUGGAGGUGUAUACCCAAUUAUCAGAAGGCCUCAUGUUUAUAGCGAGCAAUGGUGGAAAUGGAAAUCAAGGGCAAAAGGGUGCUGAUGGCAAAAAUGGGACUGACAGGAUUGACUCGAAACCACCCAGGACAUUCGCCGAGUGUAAGAAAAAUGACUGCAAAACCGUCUGGGGAUAUGCAGGAGAAAAAGGAAAUCCCGGCAAAGAUGGUGGAAAUCCUGGAAAAUCAGGAGACGGUGGCGAAGCUGGAAAACAAAGACUAUAUGUGAAUGAAAUAAAAGGAAGUAUCAAGCUAAAAACAUGUCCUGGCCGAGGAGGUGCAGCGCCGGUAAAAGGAAAAGGAGGAAUAGGGGGUCUCGGAAGUUUUGGAGGAACAGGGUUUCGAUGUGCAAUGAGGGAGUCAUGUUCAACUAAUCAGUUUGACCCUAUGAACCCCUCCUGUCACACUUCGUGUGAAAAUGAUGGUGCCACGGGUAGAGCACGUAGAGGAGGAAGAGGAGAUGGUGGAAAAGACGGAAAAAGUUGA